AUGGCGCCUAUUCACCUCGGUAUUCUGGUCUAUGACUACCAGGCCAUUGAUGUUGUCGGCCCAAUUGAUCUCCUUCACUCCGCCAAUUCUGGGUUCUUAGAAGUAUCCAAAAUGUUUGGCCCCAUCAAUGAUGAUGCUAUUUCUCGGGCUCCAGACUUUGUUUUUCAUCAUGUUGGCAUCACGAAAGAGCCCUUCCACCUAUUCACUAGUGCCAUUACCCUCACCCCGACUACAACGGUGGAUGAGGGUCCCAAUCCCGAAGGUUUCAAGCUGCACCCGAAAUACGUUGAUCUCAUCCGUCGACACAUCAGUGCUGGCAAGUUGCUUUUCACGACUUGCACUGGCUCAGCCGUACUUGCGUCUACGGGGCUUCUAGAUGGAAAGAAUGCAACUAUCAACCACGCGGGGUAUAAAUGGGCGAAAGAGAAUUAUCCUGCUGUCAACUGGACUAAGGGGGAAAAAUGGGUCGUCGACGAGAAUAUCUGGACUGGAGCUGGUGCUGUUGCGGGUAUGGAUAUGGUUGCAUGUUGGCUCAAGGAGCAAUUCGGACUGGAGAUUCUUACAUACGCUGCCCGAAAUCUGGACUACGAGCCUCGAGGCAUCGAUGGUGUCUCGCUUGUGAUUCCGAGGAGAUACGACGAAAGCGGGAAGCAGAUCAGCACCCAUGAAUUUUUCUAUCAUUAG